UGGCUGCACCCAUGUAACAUGUAAAAUUCGUCUGCUCGAAAUAAGCCAAUCAUCAUUGCUUGUAUCUUGUCUAUUGUUAGUGGUACAGUUCUAUCUAAAAUGACCUCUCAGGGAUUAUUGUUAGCUCUGUUUGCGGGGUCAAUGGCUGCUCUAGCUUCAGUCUGUGCCAAGUUAGCAACAAGUUAUGACGAAGCAAAUAAUAUCAGUGAAAAUAUUUGGGAAGCCUACAGUCACUUCCUGGGAAUAGAAUUUCCGAUGAUGGAGGAAGAAACAGGAAAACAUGAGAAGACUGUCCUGGCAGUGAGACUGUGUGGUGUAGUGGGCAUCUUCCUCUGCAAUGGUCUGAUGUGGACACUGUUUACCAAAUCUCUGCAACUCUGUUCGUCAUCUGUGGAUGCAACAGUCACUAACACAGCAGGAAACUUUCUAGUGACAGCAGUUCUGAGUCGUCUGAUGUUCCAAGAACGGCUUCCAGUACUAUGGUGGCUAGGAUCCUGCUGUAUUCUCCUGGGCCUGCUUCUGAUACACAGAGGAGGUCGGCAGUCACAGGCAGAACAGGAGAAGAAGAAAACUUAACCGUGGUCUUCCAUGUUCUUGUGUGAUGUUCUCAUAUGUAAGCCCCCACACCAUACAUCGCCCACCGAAUCAUGUGUGUGUUUCUCAUGACUGACCCAAAUGUGCAGACCAAAUCUCAAGAAACACCAUGGCUUCUACAACUAGUGCUAUAUUGUCUCUGUUUAUUCCAUAAAUUUGUGGAGCUCAAUUUAGUUAAGCUAGUUAGUGACUUUAUUUGAAAAUGAGGCUUGUACAGACAUACUCCAAAUUACUGUUUUGCAAAGAACAAAACAAAAAAGUAAAACCAAGAACAAAAGUCUGACCAACCUAUCCUAUUUAUUUGAUGGAUUGAAACAGGAAAUACAUAUUUAUUUGACCUUUCAUUGGUCAGAUCAUGGAUCACAUCUCUUCAAGUGCCUUCUAACUCUUCUUUGUCCUCUGUUUUGAUUAUAGGUCCCGAAUCAGAGGUACAGAUAAGCAGCGUAUCUGUGAAAAUUACGCAAAUAUUUAUGUGAAAACUCAAUUCCUAUUAAGUCUAUUUCAUACAAGUACUCUUGAACUUUUGAAAAUACUCAAUAAAUUUUAUCUUACACGCGUACAC